CUACUGCAGCAGUCAACAGCUGUAUGCUGGAUACUCGGGUACUGAGUGAUUGCGAGUUGCUGUGAGUGAUUGACUACUGGCGAUUUUUCACGGUUCGCGUUUGAUCGAUGAUAUCGCUCCGGACGUGAUCUUUGGUUUGCUCGCAGUCUCGUUGAACUCGCAUGUUCCAUUUUUUCAAAGUGAAUCGAAAUACUUCGAAGAAAUACUUUGUUUUAUCCUAGGCAGGUCAUCGACAUUCAGUACGACGAGAUCCAUUAGAGAUUUAUCAGUUUUACCUGUGUACUUUCUUCGUUCGUUAUAACGAAGGAGAGCUCGCCGUUAAAAUAAUUCCAGUGUUGUAUUAAUACACUAUGCACAGUAGUUACGACGUGAAAUCUAGUGACGAUGUCACGACAGUGCCGCAUCAGCGUAUGCAUGAGUCGGAGGCUGGAAAGCCUAACGAGAACACUUCCCUAUCUCCCAGCCACGAUCAAACCUACUUCGCCGAUGAGAGAGUGCAAGUGCCAGAAACAGGACAUACGGGGUUUAGCUUUAGAAAACUAUGGGCUUUCACGGGACCUGGCUUCUUAAUGUCCAUAGCUUAUUUGGAUCCUGGCAACAUAGAAUCGGAUCUACAAUCUGGAGUGGUAGCAAGAUACAAGUUAUUAUGGGUACUACUAAGCGCUACUAUCCUAGGUCUCGUUAUGCAAAGACUCAGUGCGCGUCUCGGCGUAGUAACCGGUUUGCAUUUGGCAGAGAUGUGUUUCAGACAAUACAAAAAAGUACCUAGACUUAUUUUAUGGUUAAUGAUUGAAAUAGCAAUUAUUGGUAGUGAUAUGCAAGAAGUAAUAGGAACGGCUAUUGCCCUUUAUCUCUUAUCUAAUACAGCGAUUCCUAUAUGGGGUGGCGUUCUUAUCACAGUAAUUGACACAUUCACAUUUUUAUUCUUGGACAAAUACGGAUUGAGAAAAUUGGAGUUUUUCUUCGGUUUUCUCAUCUCGAUCAUGGCAGUUACCUUUGGUUACGAGUACAUAGUUGCCGCGCCUUCUCAAAUAGACGUUAUAAGAGGUAUGUUUGUUCCAUGGUACAAUGGAAUGAAUUAUGAUAACAAGGUAUUGCUUCAAGCUGUAGGAAUUGUCGGCGCAGUCAUUAUGCCGCAUAAUUUGUACCUUCACAGUGCUUUAGUUAAAUCUAGAGACAUUGAUCGAAGACAGCCUGCAAAAAUCAAAGAUGCCAACAUGUAUUACUUCAUUGAAGCCUGCAUUGCACUAUUCGUUUCGUUUCUAAUCAAUGUGUUUGUCGUAGCUGUAUUUGCUGAUGGUCUCUAUAACAAAACGAAUAACGAUGUUUAUAAAGUUUGCGAAGCGAAGAAUUAUACCCUCGGUACAGACACUUUUCAACAAAACAAUGAGACGUUUGAAGCUGAUCUUUACAAAGGCGGAAUCUUCCUCGGUUGCUCCUUCGGCGCAGUUGCAAUGUACAUAUGGGCUGUCGGUAUUUUGGCCGCCGGUCAAUCGUCCACUAUGACGGGUACUUAUGCCGGUCAAUUCGCGAUGGAAGGAUUCUUGAAUCUGCAAUGGGCACGAUGGAAGCGAGUCCUGUUCACUCGAACAAUCGCCAUAGUUCCUACAUUCUUGGUAGCAUUUUUGGCUGAUAUGAACAAUUUGAGCGGAAUGAACGACAUUUUAAACGCUAUAAUGAGUCUGCAGUUACCUUUUGCCACCUUACCGACAAUUGCUUUCACAAGCAGUGCUCAAAUUAUGGGUGAAUUCCGAAACGGAAUAGUGAAUAAAAUCGUGGCAACUGCUUUGUCGGUCCUAGUAAUAACGAUAAAUAUAUACUUCGUGAUACAAACUGUUCAAGAAGACCUGCCUCAUCAUUGGGCUAUAUAUUUAGUUAUGUGUAUAUAUGCGAUUUUGUAUCUUAUUUUCUGCGCUUACUUGGCUAUCCACAUGGCUGUGAGCAUGGGUGCUACUUCCCUCGGUAAUAACUGGUUGGUUACCAAAUAUAUCGGUACACCCGUAAGUCCGACACUUGGAAUAUCAAAUCCUGCAGUUUAUGCCAGCCUGAAAAUGAAUUCAUUCAAGGCUGACUUGUCAUAACAAAGAACAAAUCCAGCGUUUACUAUUCAAGAAAGUGGCAGUUUUUCAUCUAUAUCAGAAUGGUAAUGUCUUGACAAGUAUAUCAGCAUAGGAUAUGUGGUAAACAGUAUUCACGAAGAGGAUAAAAACAAGAGUCUGUUUUCAAUUGCACAAUUAAAUAAAAGGUAAUGUUUAGUGCCUGAUGCACUCAUUCCAACGUUAAAUUCAUUAACAUUGUAAAUUUAAAAUGUAAUUUUUUCAUUUUAUGAUAGGAUAAUUAAAAUUAAUUCGUAUUAAUAUGAAUUGAUAAAAGACAACUAUAGUUUGUUCAACGAGAAAUUUGCAAUUUUCACACAUAGAGGCGGCAUAGUGAGCAAAAUGGACAUGUUUCGAGAUUAUUUCCCGCUUAAUUUUAUAGCCUGUACUUACGUAGAACGUGCCCUAUUUACGUAUAAUAUUGUACAAUACAGGAUACAUCUCCACUUUGUCCGCUUUAUACCACUUCCUAUGCGCG